AUGGCCGCCACAGGAGGUUCCGCCUUGAUGUGCCUUGCGCACAUCGCUGCCCCACUCACACGCAAAAUCAAGCAAGCCUUCGUUGAUUACCUCUUCCCAUCUUCUGACAUCGUCGUCCUGUCCCAAGCACUUCCGCAACAUGCGCACAGCCUUGCGCCUAGGAACCCUGCGGUUGACAUCGGAUCUGCACUCGGACACUUCGCCAACCAACUACCCGCCCCCACUCCGACACAACAAGUCGAGAUUGUCAGAAUUCUCCAGGUCAUUCGCCCACCGCCCACCACCACCAUCGGCGAAUUCGAGCCACGCGGGGCUAGCUGCCUCCCUUUCGCCCUCCUGUUCGCCCUUCUCGCACUCCUCGCGUUGUCCAUCUCUCUUUCCGCGCGCAGCAAGGCCACCUUUGCCGCUGCAAGCUACGAUACCGCUCCCAGCAAGGCCAUCCAUGCCGCUGCCAGCAACAACAAGACCGCAAAAAGCAGUGAGAAGAAGGAGAAGAAGCAGCGAUCCGAAAUGCUUCCAGGUCUCAUUGUGCUCCGAGUGAAAGACAAGCUAGAGACCCAAGAUGCGCAACGCGUCCUACUAGAGCGCAAGGUGAAGGCACUUCAGCAAGAGAACCAGAAUCUCGAGAGCAAAGUUCUCUCGGUGCAGCAAGAGAGCCAAUCUCAGCUCCAGCGCGCCCAGACAGACUUUGCUAAGAAACUCGCGGCUCUUCAAGAAGAAUCCACAAGCCACGAACGUGAAGUGAACAAGCUCAAGCAAGAAAACAAAGCUCGUGAGGAGACAAAUCGCUCGGCCGAGCAAGAGAGCAAUCGCAAGCUCCAGCAGGCCGAGAAGGAUUGCUCAGAACGUGCCGCAAAGGCCACCCUUGCCCAAGAAAACGAGAGAAUGCUUCACACCUUGGCCCGGCAAGAAGAUACUGCACGCCAUCAAAAGGAAGUGGAGGCGUUGAAGGAGGCACUCGCCGAAGCCGAAGAAGAACUCGCAGAAGCUGUCAAAGACUGCGCGGAAGAAUACGACCAGCUGAUCAUGGAGAAGCAGACGCUUAGAGAAGACCGCAAGAUGCUCGUUACAGCGUUGACCGCUCAGAAAGGGCUGAAGCUCGUCUCUAAGCUGGCACGGCGUUGGUAUUGCAAGACCAUCCUCUCUCGAGCAUGUGCUGCAAAGAAAACGCAGAACGACCUCAUGGAGAAGAAGAUCAACGGUAUCACUGCGCAGGCUGAGCUGCAAGCAAGCGCCACUCGUGAACGCAUGACGCAGGAAGCAGACCGCGCUGCAAGAAAGUUUCGUUUUGCGCACUUGCAAGAAAUCGCAGGAGAAGCGCUCCACGCACAAUCGAUUGAGGGCUUCGAGGUCCCCGGUGAGUCGAAACGUCUCGCCAGAGGUGGAAAAGGUCGCAGUAAGGCACUGCACAGGGAGAAGGAUGCGCUGGAAGAUACCACCAGAGUCUUGCGCGAGGAACUCGCUUCUGAGAAGGCACACAGUGCCGAGCUUCACGAUGAAGUCCACGACCCCGAGACUGGCUACCUGUUCCGACUCAGCGAGGCGAAUCGGAUGAAGCAGCAGCACGAGCAGCAUGUCGAGCAGCUCAAGCAACAAAUUGAGGAACUGUCAACUAAGCUUGACCGCGUGACUGCGCAGGAUAAAUCGGACGAGAGCGCAAAUCAGAAACCCGAAGAGGCUUUUUCUGUGCAAGCAAAGGAGGUUACAGAACAAGCCACCCAAACUGAGGACGAGCACAAGCGUGAGAGAGGUGGGAGACGCUACAAUCGGCCGCUUCACGCAGAGCUCAAACAGAAAGGCGAAUACAUCACCGAACUUGAAGGCAAGAUCCAGCGUUUGGAGAAUUGUGUAAAGCACGAUCUCGAGAGCUAUCGAGGUGAAGAUCACGCCUCCGACGCAGUGGGCGCUACAUUCUCGCAGACACGUCAAGAACUGCAAGAAUAUAACAUCGAGCCACCUGCAGUCGCUCUCCCUGGACCUCGAGAUCCAAUUCAGCGACGGCGUCACGACGCGGACACUCAUAGCUCAGUCUGCACCUCAGUCUCUCCAGCAUCGACACCAAAGGGCCCGGACCCUCCCCCAAAUACACCAAUAGGUCCUGGAAAACGUGGAUUCCCUCCUCCGGGACAAAUGAAAGCCCCAGUUCUGGAUUCACCGAGCGGUCCACGAGCAGAUCAAUCUCCGACUUCUCCACGACCUUCCUCACCUCCGACCGCACCAGUGACCAUUCCAGCGGGUCCACGCAACACGCAAAGCGGUCGUCGUCCUCCACCGCAGUCGUCACCGGCUAGUAGAGGGCCUACAGGUCAACAGCAGCGGCGGCAUGGGGAAGGUAUGGGCGCAUCGAGAUAUGCGCCGCCUGGUUUCAAGAAGUAG